AUGGCAGCGAACUUCAAACGAACUCCAAUCCCCAUCAGGGAUGCAAAGGAACGUAUUCAAGACUUUAAAGAGGUCGUUCUUGGAUACUCCAAAAGUGAUAGUAUCGAAGAAGCAUCGCGGUGUAUCGACUGUAAAAAGCCCCUCUGUGUUCCUUCAUGUCCUGCUGGUAUAAAUAUUCCAGGCUUUAUUACUGAAAUUAAAAAGGAGAAUUACACUGAGUCCUUAAGAAUAAUAUUAGAGAAUAUGCCUCUAACAAACAUAUGUGGACGAGUGUGUACUCGUCAAUGUGAAGACACAUGCAUUAAAAAUCGAAAAGGUGGGAGUUUAGAAAUCAUGGAACUCAAACGGUCUGCAAGUACUUAUUGUAAUGAAGAAGACAUUGACAUUAAAUGUGCCCCAGACACAGGAAAGAAGGUAGCAGUAAUAGGAUCAGGACCUGCUGGGUUAUCAGCUGCUUACUUUUUACGUUUGAAAGGUCACAAAGUAGUUGUAUAUGAACAGAAGCAUAAAG